GUAGCUUUAGCGAACACGGACUGUGGUACUGAUGGACAACAACAAGACCUCCAAGUGAUAUCCGUGUUGUAUGUUUAAGUCCUAACUUUGUGAAAUCUGGGGUUCAGAUACGUUGUCAGUCGGAUCCUUCUGGUUGGAGGGUUUCAGUAGACGGAUAAAUGUCUGAUGCAUCAGAACUCCCUAAUAAAGAAGAGGAGGAGGUCACGUCUGAACCAGAGGAGCAAUCUGAUGACAGCAGUGAGGAGGAGGCUGCAGGUGACACAGAGAUGGACUUUCUGCGAAAUCUCUUCUCCAGCACCCUUGGUCUCAGCUCCCCGGAAAAAGUUCUGGAUGAGCUGACUCUGGAUGGAGUGGCUCAGUACAUCAAAAGUGGCAAAUGUAAAAAUAUCAUCUGCAUGGUUGGAGCAGGAAUAUCCACAUCGGCUGGGAUUCCAGAUUUCCGCUCACCAGGAACUGGCUUGUAUGCAAAUUUACAAAAAUAUAAUCUUCCACACCCAGAGGCCAUCUUCCAAAUUGAUUACUUUAAGAGACAUCCAGAACCUUUCUUUGCCCUGGCCAAGGAGCUUUACCCAGGACAGUUUAAGCCGACAAUUUGUCACUACUUCAUGAAGCUGCUGAAGGAUAAAGGACUCCUCAGACGGUGCUACUCACAGAACAUUGACACCCUGGAGCGUGUGGCCGGGCUCGAGGGAGAGGAUCUAAUCGAAGCUCAUGGCACAUUCUACACGUCCCACUGUGUCAGUUUCUGUUGCCGCAAAGAGUACAACCUGGACUGGAUGAAAGAUAAAAUCUUCUCUGAUGACAUCCCUCGAUGUGACAAAUGCAACAGUUUGGUGAAGCCAGAUAUUGUCUUCUUUGGGGAAAAUCUACCUGUCCGGUUCUUCACUUCAAUGAAGAUGGACUUUCCUCGCUGUGAUCUUCUCAUCGUCAUGGGAACGUCUCUUCAGGUCCAGCCAUUCGCAGGUCUAGUUGGCAGAGUUUCAAAAAGUUGCCCCAGGCUGCUCAUUAACAUGGAGAAGGCAGGACAGGCUGAUCCUCUGUUUGGUUUACUGGGGUUUGGAGGGGGGAUGGACUUUGACUCAGACAAGGCAUACAGGGAUGUAGCUCACAUCAGUACAUGUGAUGAGGGUUGUUUGGCUCUCGCUGAGCUGCUGGGAUGGAAGGCCGAGCUUGAAGACUUGGUGAAGCGGGAGCAUGCUAGGAUCGACAGUCAGGACAAGAAAGAGAAGACCAGUGCUGAUAGCAAAGGAGCUGCAGCCAAGGGGGGCUCUGCAUCGGUGGCUCCAGAGCCCAAAAAAGAAGAGUGAUAAACUGAAAAGCUUUUUCAGCAAAGAGAAAAGAGACUGUUGAGAAGUUGCUGGAUGGUGUUGGCCCUUAAAAGCAGAUUAUGAUAGUAGGUUUUUGUUUGGAAAGUAAAGCUUCAACAGUCUGUAAACCUCAUUUUAAUUCUGCAGAUAUUCAGCAAAGAUUCCUAAUAAUGUUUUAUGCUCCUGUUCUUAUCAGUUAUUUGCACUGUAAUUACAUUAAUCUACUUAUUUUUUAUUUUGUUAAUGCUUCACUAACAUCUGGCUAAGAUGUACUGUACUUUUCUUUCUGUAGUAGUUAACUCAAUGCAUAGGCUAAUUCUGCAGCAUUUUAAAACAGUUACAAUAUCAUCUCUUAAACCAGCUACAGAAUACAUGUGCAUUAGUGACUGGGACUAAGAAACUUAACACUCUUCAGUCUAGUGGGGAUUAGAUUUCAUUCUGCAGUUUCUGCAAAGAUAAUAAGGCAGAUGUAUAUUUUAUUUGUCAUUGUCACCCCAAGCUGAAAUCAAAGUAUCACAACUUUCACAAACAUGUGUAAAGAUAUAUUUAUAUUAGAAAAAACAGUGCAAAAAUGCAUGAAACAUAAAUGAUAUUUAUGAUUCCAUAUCCAGGAAGCUCUGACUUGAUCAGGAGCAGAAAAAUCCCCUGAAUCAUUCGAGGGGAGCAGUUUGAGUUUAAAAUAAUCUGGUGUGUAGCCAGCCAAAGGAAAACGUCUAAUAUAUUUUAAAUCAGCAGUUCUUUUCAUGAACCUUAUGUUCAUGUUGGCAUGACUUAUUUUCCUGAACACUGCCUACACUGAUGUUUACAGUACAACCUCCAUUAUGCACAAAAUACCAUGAAAUCUGUCCAUUCAAAACCCUACUUGGUUUUAAUCUUUUAGCCUAAUGUUCAGGAGAUACACAGUGGAUAGAUGGACAAUGAAAGCUAAUAUAAGGAGUCAUGAAGAAAAAAAUGUUUCACUGAAACUAUCUUGACUUUCUGUAAAUGCAUGAGUCAUUUCAUCAUAAAAACUGAGGGUGGACAAAUUUACAUUACAACAUGUACAAAAUCAAUAAAAUAAUGCAAUAAACAUGA